AUGUCAAAUAGGACCAGCGUGGGAAGCGACAGCCAUGAGCGGUUAGAACCCAGGCUGCUGAGAGCAGUGGAACACGAUCGCGUGGAUACGCUACAACUCAUUGUCCAACAGGCUCGCGAUGAUGGGCAGUUCAAUGACAAUCUCUUGCACAUCGGCCUUAUGAGGGCCGCACAGCGCGGCUGCACCAAUGUGACAGAGUAUCUACUCAGCAUAGGCGCGCUUACCAACGUACCGUCGAACCGUGUUUCGCCGUUACUGAAAGCCACCGAGCGCAAUCAUGUGCGCAUUGUGCAACUUCUACUUGAUUAUGGAGCGUCGCCGGAUACGACCGUAGAUAAAGAGGGACGGACGGCAUUGAUGACAGCGGCUUGGAAGAACCAUUGGCAUGUGCUUCAGCUUCUCAUUACGCGGGGAGCGGACGUGAAUGUGAAGGAUGCGAGAAAGAGGAAUGUGUUGCAUAACUUGGCUGCGGACAAGUACUGUGACUGGGGGCAAGAUGUCGUGGAGCUGCUUUUGAAAACAGACUGCAAGAUCGAUGGUGACGAGGGACGCGAUGAGCUUGGCCGGACUCCCCUGCACUGGGCAUGCGCGACGAGGAAGAUACGACUGGCAGAAAUGCUUUUGACCAGGCCCCUUGGUCCUAAAGCGGAUGUUGAUGCGGUGGAGUCGAGGAAUAAGACGUCACUCCAUAUUGCUGCUGCUCAUGGCUGGCCGGAUAUCGUGGACUUGUUGCUCAGGCACAAUGCAGAUGUUAAUGCCAGGAGCGACGGUGGAUGGACUCCACUGCACAACGCCUGCCAGCAGGGCAACGAACAAAUGGUGCGUUCUCUACUGCGCAGCGGGUCUAAUAUCAACAGCCAGCUGUUAAACGGCGCAACGCCUUUGCACCUUGCUGCGCAAGCUGGCCAUAUAGAGGUGGUCAAAUGCCUCCUAGAGCAGCCGAAUCUGAAACGAAGAGUCAGAGACAAUUUCGGCAGCACGGCAUUCUUAAGCGCCGCGCAGUUCCGGCGAAAGGACAUCGUGCUACUUCUCGCGCCAUUCAACAAUGUCGAUGCGCUUUCAGCAGACGCCAAAGGUGCCUGCGAAGGAUUUGAAGCGACGAUCGUCGACUUUGGUAACUUUCAUAACUGUAAUCGGGUACAGAAAACAUCUGUGUUCAACUUGCUUUACGGAAAAGAUGAGGUCAAUCCCAACAAGCAAGCCUGGAGCACCAUUCUUGACGACGGAAUUCAUUUCCGAUGGAUCCACCUCCCUGCGAACAAUAUGGCAUGGGUGGAGGCCUUGCUCACGAAAGCCUUCAUCGAAGAAGGCGCAAAUGACGUCGAGGGUUUCAAGGGCCUGGAAUGGUCCUUGACUUGCCAACACCGGGGACGCAAGAUUCAUUCGCAUUUCAUGAGACCCCUUUGUCAGAACACUCCGCGAGCAACCCGGUCCCCAGAGCCGGGGCUCGCACUGGAAAGAAGAAAAUCGGAUGAAGUUCCCGGUCCUCAGCGGGUAAACUCUACCGCGGAAUCUUUUGAAUCCAAAACUUCAAAGAACAAUAAGAACUCCAAGAAACAAAACCAGUCCGGUAGGAAGUUGCAGCGGGCAAAAUCUGCUUCUAAAUUCGAAGACAACAAUAACCAAGCAAAGAAUGGAAAGAGUGCCCAAAAGCAUGGCAAGUCCAAAGGUGGUCCAGGGACACCGCGACUGUCCGAGUCUCAAACUAAGCCAUCCACUGCUGAUGAUCGGUAUCCGCCACCGGGUUUCUCACCCAAGGAUAAUACUGGCGACUUGCAGACCUGUAAUGUCUGCCUCUUCAUGCCAUAUCUACAUUUUGAGUCGGCGGAGAGACGACGGAAAAUGCAACAGGCAAUUCAAGCGGCCACCCUAUUUAGCAUGGACCCUGGUAGAAAGCCGGUAUGUCGUACGCGAGACGAGAUGCUGAUCAGGGCGCACCUUGCUUCUUCAACGAUAUCGCUCCAUGUACGACGGACGCUGGACCAAUUCUUUUAUCCCAACAUUGAUACACAGAGCCGUGAUCAAGACCAGGUGGUAUACCGCUACCAGACCCAAAAUCAGGGAAGCCAGUGGUACGCGAAAGAUCCCAAGAUCUUUAUGGUCGACCAGCUGUGGAUGUGGAUCCUGGGCAAGAACCUCAUUGUGACGAGCUUCCCGCAGCGGUGGGAUCAACCCAAGAAUGAUCCGCUGAAUGUACUGGACGGAAUCAUUGAAGAUAUCAACUCCAAGACGAGGGAGCGAGUUCAGUCUGUUCAUGAACUUGCCACGGUCAUUACAAACCGCUGCUCGGGAAUCUUUGACCGUCAUCGGAUGGGUGACGAGGAGUAUCAAUUCCUGGACAUGUUUGAGUCUUCGAUCGGGACUGCCACCGACCGCGAGACAAAGCUGUUUGAGGUAUUCAAUGCGGCGUCAGUACAAGCGUCGUAUUGGCUCAAGUCCCAUCACAGGACCGGUGGUCGACUAGGACCACGUCGGCUGAGGUACACGGACGAGAACGGGAUGAAAUGGCUUCUCCAAGAGGAAGACGGCCAGCCCCGAUUCAUUGACAAACUGCUAGACAUUGGCCAUGAGACGAAUCUUCUUGCCGAAGCAAGGGACAUCCGUGAUGAGCUUAACAUGAUUCGCACAGUACUUCAGCACCAACAGCAUGUCCUAGCCGACUUCCAGGAAGUCCUGUCGGAGAUCUACUACGGCCGUCAUCGCUUGCAGUAUGAAUCCAAGAAAAGGUUUAAGGAUCAGCAGCGAACGAUCGAUAUGCAUCUGAAAGACAUCGACCGGAUGGACAAGCAAGCUGAGCGGAUUUAUUCCAGCAUAACGGAUUUGCUCGAUCUUAAACAGAAAUAUGCCAAUGCCCUGGAGGCACGGUUUGCUCGCGAUCAAGCCGUCGAUACCACACGCCAGGGAAAGACGAUUAUGAUGUUUACCAUCGUCACCAUAAUCUUCCUUCCUCUAUCUUUUAUCAUGUCCAUUUUCACAGUUAAUAUUUCCGAGUUUCCCCAUGCGUCUGAUGGCUCCCAGGACCUUCAUCUGUCAUACGUGGCAAAGUACACCUUCGGCGUUGGCUUUGCCAUUUCUAUUCCACUUAUCAUCCUCGCUCUUACAAUCGACGAUAUUGGCCUUGGUUUCCAACAAGGCAUCAGACGGCUUUGGAAAUGGACGACUCGCGGACGACAGAAAGAUAUACCUCACCAGCACUUCCAUGGCCUUUCUUCUUCGUCCGCCUCGACAACAGGGACAGGCCCACAGCCCUCGGAAGUUGAAUUUACCUCCACAAGAUCCUGGAGGGGACAUAGAAGAAUGGAAAAAGGACCCAUCGAUGCUGGUUUCCUGGGCAGUUCGCAUUCGCAUUCCUGUUCCAGUUGUGACUUUAAUCCUAGUCUAUUGCCUGUUUCUACGGCCGAUACUCCGCGUCUUGAUGGGCUCCGGAAGGGGUUUGCUCUUUGGCGGAGUCGUAAUGUUUGA